AUGGGCAUCCGAGGGAUGCUGCGAGCCGCUGUGCUCCUGCUGCUCAUCAGGACAUGGCUCUCGGAGGGCAACAACGCAACUCCCCUCCCGGAAUUCCACUUGGAGCUCUCUUCUACCGUGCCCGAAGUCGUCCAGAAUGUCUUCAAUUGCAAAAAUUGUGCAAGUGAAGCUGUGGUUCACAAGAUUUUGGACAGGGUGCUGUCAGGAUAUGAUGCCCAUCUGAGACCACAUUUUGGAGGCGAACCUGUGCCUGUGGGAAUAUCUAUGUAUGUCUCCAGUAUUGAACACAUCUCAGAAAUAACUAUGGACUGUACUGUCACAAUGUUUUUUCAUCAAACUUGGAAAGAUCCAUGUUUAGCAUACUGUGAGACCCACCUGAAUCUGACUCUGGACUAUCGCAUGGUUGAGAAGUUGUGGGUCCCUGACUUCUACUUUCUAAAUAGCAAGGAUGGCUUCGUGCAUGACAUGACUGUGAAAAAUCUUAUGUUUCAGCUUCACCCAGAUGGAACGGUGCAGGAUGGCAUCCAACUCAUCACCACAGCAGCUUGCUCUAUGAAUCUACAGAAAUACCCUAUGGACAAGCAGACCUGCAAGCUGGAGGUGGAAAGUUAUGGCUACACGGUUGAAGACAACAUUUUAUACUGGGAAGGUGAUAAGAAUGCCAUCCAGGGGACUGAGAAGCUACACAUCCCUCAGUUCACCCUUUUGGGAAAGAUAAUGACUAACAAAGAGGAGAUUUUCUACACAGGUUCCUAUGUGCGACUUAUACUGAGAUUCUUGAUCCAGAGGAAAAUUAUAAACUACCUUGUGCAGAUUUAUUGGCCUACUAUCCUCACCACUAUUGCCUCUUGGAUAACGUUUUGGAUGAACUAUGAAUCUUCUGUAACCAGGGUGACAGUCGGUCUGACUGAAAUGCUCAUCCUGAACGCCCUCAAUUCACACCUGCGGGAAAACCUCCCCGAAUUUUCUUGUAUCAAGGCCAUUGACAUUUAUACGGUUGUAUGCUUUUUCUUCGUGUUUCUGUCCUUGCUGGAAUAUGUGUACGUCAACUAUCUUUUCUACAGCCGAGUGGGAACUCACUACCAUUAUAGGCAACGUGGGAGAGCCCAAAGAAUCGUAGGCCACUAUCACUACCAGGAAUCAAGGUUGCAGCCCCAGGCAUACCAAAGAACCCAGGAAGAGGAGAUUCUGUCAGUCAAAGAGAUCAACAAUCACUUUACAAGUGCUGAUGAAGAAGGACCCCUUCCUGCUCCUUUUCCGAAAGUGCUUAUUCAUGUAGGAUUUGAAUCUACUGACUUCAUAAGUUUAUCGGCUGUUUCUUCAAAGGAUAACCAAGUUAACAUCAAAAAUGAAAGUGGCUCUCCUCCCUUUAGACCAGUGCAGGCCCACUCAUCUAUCCCAGAAAGCCUCAACUCUUUGACCUUCAUCUCAGAGCAGGUCCCACUGGCCACCUCAGAAAGCCUUAGCUCACUGUCUUCUCUCUCAGUCCAGUCCUGGCUGGCCACAGGAGAAAGCCUGAGUGAUCUCUCCUCCACCUCAGAGCAAGCCCUGCACAGCUAUGACAUUCAUUUUAAUGGUUUUGAGAUUGAUGGCAGUGUUAUUCCUACCAAAAUCCACAAUCAUGGUGAAGCCCAUGGCCAUGCUGAGAUACAUGACCCAGAAGACCCUGAAGAGAGCUACAGCUUGGAUAACAACCAUGGUCAUGGCCCCAAUAGAAAGUGUCUGCUCAUCCGUGGCCAGAAGUGUGUGCAAGAAGAAAGCUGCAGGCCUGAUAUCAUCCAUAUACGCUGUGAAGUGUUCCUUAGCUUGCCUGGUGACAUCAAAGUUGAUCGCGGUUACCUCGACCUUAAGAAGCAACUUCAGCAUGAUAGUCACACUAUCUGGAGCCAUAAUGGUGACAGUUUCAUGGGCUUUGAUCAAGACGAGGACAGUAAUUCAGAAUCUGAUGAUAGUUGCCCCCCAAACCCUGGGUACUCUUUCAGGGAAAGGUUUUGUUACGAGCUCUUUGACCCUGACUAUGUCCCUAAGGUUGAUAAGUGGUCCCGGAUCCUCUUCCCUCUUGCCUUUGUGGUGUUCAACAUUAUUUACUGGCCAUACAAUGGCUUUUAG